GACCUGGUCUGCAAGAUUUCAAAAUGGUGGCAUUUUAGCAAAUAUUUACAUUGAAGUAACAGGCUGAAAUUUUAUGAAGAAGAUAAUUUUAUUUGUAACAUUUUAAAUAAAUCUAGAUAAAUUUUAGAUAGUAAUUAUAUUAAUUAUUCCAUGUAUGUUAAUUGGAAAUAUUGAAAAGUGAAUUCUAUAUAACAAACAACUUUGUUUGGAUCAAUUUGUAAUAUGGAGUUAUUUUUAACUGUACUUUCAUUUUUAUUUUCAUUGAUCACAGUUUUUAUCAUUAUUGGGUUAGGUUGGUACUUAGUGUGGAAAUUCUUCCUGUCCAAGUUCGGAUUUGUGAAGGAGCUGCUGGGUGGAAUGACAGAGGCGCAGCCUACUGCUGAAGUAGAUAAGCGUAAAGUUCGAACAAAAAGAACCCGUCGAGAAUAGUUUACCCGUGGAGGUGGUUUUAGUUACAUUUUUGAAGAUUUAAAGCAAAAGAAUCAAGAUGAAUAUUCGUUGUGCAAGACCUGAGGACUUGAUGAACAUGCAACACUGCAAUCUACUCUGUCUUCCAGAGAAUUACCAGAUGAAGUACUACUUUUAUCAUGGGUUAUCUUGGCCCCAACUGAGCUACGUGGCUGAAGAUGAAAAGGGACAGAUCGUCGGUUACGUGCUUGCUAAAAUGGAAGAAGACAGUGAAGACAACCCUCAUGGACAUAUUACGUCUCUGGCAGUCAAAAGAUCUCAUCGUAGGUUAGGUCUCGCUCAGAAAUUGAUGGAUCAGGCUGCUCUGGCGAUGGUGGAGUGCUUUAACGCCAAGUACGUUUCUCUACAUGUGCGGAAGAGCAAUCGUGCUGCUUUGAACUUGUACACUAACACAUUGAAGUUUGUGAUUUCCGAAAUAGAGCCAAAGUACUAUGCCGAUGGUGAGGACGCCUACGCUAUGAAGCGUGACCUGCAGAAGAAUCAUGGGACUUCUCUAAUGAACUCUGGGAAGGGGGAUGCUGCAGAAGUCAAUGAUGAUAAUAGAGGAGUUGUGUCUGAAAGGCUGUAAUGGACUAUUACGGAAUGUCACAAUAGAUUGCUUAUUUUACUGUUAAUAAAUAUUGUUUAAGGA